UAUACAUGGUACAGUAUAUAGAUGCAACUCAUUAUUGAUACUUCCAUACGCCAGAUUGUGAUAAAGACGAAAGUAAUGGCAGAGGACAGGGAAAUACUCCGUGAAAUCUGGGACGGCCGGGUCCCAAUCUGUUUCUCUUUGGCCAGUGAUGAAAUAUUUACAUUGGAGCAUCCUGAUCCCUUCUUUCUGUUAGUCCCAAGACAAAGUUACUUUCCACUGGCAACAGACAGAGUCCAGCGGACAUUCCUGAAACAUGUGGACCCUGAUAACCACGGAGAGAUGUGGCUGGAAUAUGAGAGCCAGCCUUUGAAGUGGCAUUAUCCAGUAGGCUUACUUUUUGAUAUGUAUAACUCAAAGGGCCCUCUUCCUUGGAAUAUUACAGUGCAUUUCCAGAAUUUUCCAGAGGAUGAGCUCCUCCACUGCCCAAGUAGAGAUGCUGUAGAAGCCCACUUCAUGGCCACUGUGAAAGAGGCAGACUCUUUAAAACACAGAGCACAAGUUAUCAAUUCUAUGCAGAAAAAAGACCACAAGCAGUUAUGGACAGGAUUGCAGAAUGAUAAGUUUGAUCAGUUUUGGACCAUCAACAGGAAGUUAAUGGAGAGGUUAGGAGAGGAGGGUUUUAAGUACUUACCUUUCAGGAUACACCAGGUAUUGCCUGAGAAGCCAUUCAUUCAGAAGUUAUUUAAGCCCGUGUCAGACGAAGGCAGGUUGUUUACAUUAGCAGACUUACUGAGAGAGACGGUGCCACAUAUAUUUGCUGAUGAUACCAGUGAUGUCCUGCGGUGUGAGGUGUAUAUACAGGGAGUGAAUCCACCUUUGGAAACGCCAGUACAAUGGCUAUCAGAACAUUUCAGUUAUCCUGAUAAUUUCCUACACAUAGCUUUGGUCAAUCCAUCUUGAAACUCUGGAGAAAAAAAAAAAAACAUAAAAGCAGGCCUGUAGCCAUCAGUAUUAGGGAGGGGUGCUUUUCUGAAGUGGAUUGCAGUUGAACCAACCUGAACCUUGAUUAAAAUUUGAUUUUUUUGAAAUUUAUUGACUUUUCCAGCCAGAAGGACGGUUCUUUCAAACCUCCACCUGCCUACGAGACUGCAAAAGUGCAAUAAAACUUCCAAGUCAGUGUGCUGAGAAAGAUUCUUCUGCUUUAUGAGACUGCAUUGUUGUGGCCUGUAUGUAUAAGAGAAUUAAAUGUGAAAGCACAUUGUAAGUAAUGUUAUGUAUGAAUUCGCUGUAAUUCUGUGACUAGGAAAUACUGUGAAAUUCUUAAUUUUAACAAAAAUUUUACCACUAUUGAAAGUGAUUGGUACUACUUGGAAGAUUAGUUUUCAGUAUGGAAGAGUUGUUCAAAAACUGAAGCAGCAUCAAUGAAAACUUGUAUUACACGUCAUGUAGAAAAGUAUUCUGUUAUGACAGAUAAUAAGUCAGGAAAAUUCGAGGUAUAUUGGUUAUAUUGGUUAUAUCAAGUACUGCUGGACGGCUAGGAUUGUCUAUUGGAGAUUUUUACACAAUUAUUUCAGGCAAUAGAAAAAUCUAAUUUGUCGUGUACUACUUUUGUAAAACACUCAAUUUUUUCACUUCAUUAUUUUAAUUUUUAUUACUAAUUAUUUUAUAUAUCAUAUAAAUAAAACUGUACAAAAAUA